AUGAAAGUAUGGCCAAAAACAAUAUUCCGAAAGAUCCCAGUGAUCAUCAGUUGUCUGCAAUGCAUACUGGCCUCGAGUCUAUGCGACGAUGGGCAUGUGUCUAGUUUUGGGUCAUUGAUCCAGGACCAGUACCAUUAUGCAGGCCCCGGUAAUUUAGACUAUCAAGCCACGGACAGUUUACAACAAGACGACCCACACUACCUGGAAAAUCCUGAAAAUCCAACCUUUUUUACAUUACAGCCCAUAGUUAAUGUUCAACAGUUCGAUCAGAGCUUUAUUAUUACAACUGAUGUUACACAACCCAUUGGCAAUGUUCAACAACUCAAUCAGAACUUUAUUGAUACAACUGAUGUUACACAAUCCAUUGGCAAUGUUCAACAAUUCAAUCAGAACUUUAUCAAUACAACUGAUGUUACACAACCCAUUGGCAAUGUUCAACAAUUCAAUCAGAACUUUAUUGAUACAACUGAUGUUACACAACCCAUUGGCAAUGUUCAACAAUUCAAUCAGAACUUUAUCAAUACAACUGAUGUUGCACAACCCAUUGGCAAUGUUCAACAAUUCAAUCAGUGCUUUAUCAAUGAAGUUGGAAUUGAUCAGGGUCAAGCUGUUCAAGGAUUAUCUACAGUAUACUCAGUCUGGGGUAACAACUCACCUAAUGCAUCAGCCAAACCAUUUACCUGCCAACCGAAAGAAAAAACUGAAAAUGCAAAACGCCUUGAGAAAUGUAGGCUUAAAAAGAAAACGGAGGAUAUGAAUGUAGUUUCCACUGUGUUCAGGUAUUUUUAACAAACAA